AUGCCCAGCGCUUCAUCCAGACACCCGAAGAAAAGGAAGACAGACGACGUGGUGGUUUUGCAGCCCCCGUCCAAAGCCCCCAAAGUCAGGUUCCUGAGUCCGUCUCUCUUCCUGCUGGAGAUCCCCGCUGACGCCAACACCAGUCUCCCAGUGUGGGAUGCCAUGAGAUCCCAGCAGGUGGACAUCGCCUGGACCGUGAACCCCUACUUCAUCGGUGUGCAUUUCACCCCCCGGACCUCGAAGCAAGGCAGGCGCACGACUUCCACACAGACCUCCGGCUCGGCGCCUCGUUCCGGGGUCCUGCAGCCCCGGAUGCUCAUCCAGGCCGUCCCUCAGCAGCACGGCGCCUCCCAGAGCUCCUGCGUCCUGCUCACUCUUCCCCAAAGCGGCACCCAACUGCUGCCGGGUCAACCGGCCAAAGCGCCGGCGAACCUGCCGCCAGCCGUCUCCUUCAUCGUCCCCCUGCCCGUCAUCAUCACCCAACAUCAGCCCAGCACCCCGACCAAGAAAUGUCUGCAAGCCGCCAUCCGGACCCCGACCGCCACCACCACCAAGCCGCAGGCCCCGCCCAGAGGGCCAGUCCCAACCCCGUUCCACACGAAGAGCUCCUCCGACAUCCAGAUCUGUGACAACUUCCUCCUGGGUUUGUGUCACGCGGGCAGGACCUGCAAGAAGCACCACACUCCUUACCCGUUCUACUGGCAGCUGUGGGACAGCCGCCAGUGGAUCGACGUCCCCCCCCGCUCUCAGGUGUUACUGGAGAGGAGCUACUGCAACGUGAAACGAGAUACCGUCGGCAUCAAGGAUGGCAAUCACUACUGCAGUCUGGACUUUGACUCGAUGGAGAUUAUCGACUCCUACAGGUAUACUGAAUAUCGACGGCUCACUAACUCCGACAGUCUGGUCAACAACCCGUACUUUCCCUGCAAAUGGAAAAUCUACUGGUGGAACGGAGUGGACUGGGAGGAGUACGACCAGGUUGUGUCCGCCUUGCUGCUGCAGAAGAUGAGCCUGAAGGAGCCCGAGUGUUUCUUCUGUAUUGGCUACCGGGAUUACAAGGUGGACUUCACCGACAUGAGCCAGACCAACGUCGACACGUGGUUCCACAGAGACGUUCGCUGCAGACCCUUCUACCGCUCCCCCGAUUCCAUGCGGCCCUACCUGCGGACAGGAAUCCUGACCGAGCCCGUCGGUGAGCCUCCUGGGGCCAACUUCAGCGUGGACCCUCUGGAGGAGUUCACAUCCUGGUACCCUCCCGUGUGGUGUCUGGACUCGAUGCAGGACUACAGCUUGGUGGACCUUCCGGCCGGCACACAGGCCUACCAGAGUGUCCAGAGCCACUUCUACCAGAGCCUGCCUGAGACCAGGGUGGACAUCGUCGGCAUCCAGCAGGUCCAGAACCUCCUCCACUGGGACAAGUACCAAAGGCACAAGGCGUACAUGCAGGAGCGGCACGACGAGUCUCGGGGGCCUCUGGAGAGACAUCUCUUCCACGGCACAACCAAGGAGCCCUCAGAGGACAUCUGCCACAACAACUUCGACCCGCGCAUGGCCGGGGUCAACGGCACGUCCAACGGCUUCGGCUCCUACUUUGCCCUCUCCGCCUCCUUCUCCAAAACCUACUCGGCCAAGUCGGGGUCCGACAAGGUCCGCCACAUGUUCCUGGCCAAAGUCCUGGUGGGGAAGGUGAGCCUCGGGAGCUCCGGGUACUACCGUCCGCCGCCACUCAACCCCAGGACGAGUCGAUUCCUCCUCUACGACACGUGCGUGGACGACAUUGACAACCCCACCAUGUUUGUAGUUUUCGACAGCUGUCAGUGCUACCCAUACUACCUCAUCAAGUACAAGGACCUGCCCACGGAGAUUGAUAUCUAAUGAAGAAAGGGGCGGGGCCUCGAUUGUUGAUUGUUCAGACACGAAGCGUUAAGCUGUAGGACGACCUGAAAUGUUUAUCAAAUGUUAUCGCUUGAAGAAAACGCUCGGUUCACGUGAGCAGGCUGUCAAAGAAACGCAGGCUCUUCAAACCUUCAAAGCACUUUAUUUUUCUCAAAAGUUAUAUAUUUUUUUAAUUUUGGUUAUUCAAACAUUUUACAUCGAUGGAAAUAAGUACUUUUUUCUUUCAAAAAGGU